AUGAAUACCCAGACAUUUAAUGUAGGCAUAGAAACACUGAAUAAUACAAAGAAUCUGCCGAGGGAGGUUAGCGUAAAUUUUCUGCACAGGUAUUCUCUGUUUUAUAAACGCUUGAAGAACAUUGAGGAAAAUGAAGGAGGCCUUGACAAAUUUUCAAAAAGUUACAAAACCUUUGGAGUUAACCAGUUCGUGGAUGGUGGAGUGUACUGCAAGGAAUGGGCACCAGGAGCUGAAGCAGUAUUUCUCACCGGUGACUUCAAUGGCUGGAAUCCAUUCUCUCAUCCGUAUAAGAAAGCAGAGUAUGGCAAAUGGGAGCUGUUUAUCCCUCCUGGCGAAGAUGGUUAUUCUCCUGUGCCCCAUGGAUCAAAGCUAAAGGUGGUGAUCCGUGCUCAAAACGGUGAACUCCUCUACCGUAUUUCACCUUGGGCAAGAUAUGUAGUCCGUUAUGAAGAAAAAGUGAAUUAUGAUUGGGUACACUGGAAUCCACCACUGCCAUAUAUACGCAGACACCGUUCCCCCAGGAGAUUGAAAAGCCUGAGAAUCUAUGAAUCUCAUGUGGGGAUUGCUUCUCCAGAAGGGAAAAUAGCUUCUUAUAAAAACUUCACAUACAAUGUGCUACCUAGAAUAAAGGAUCUUGGAUAUAACUGUGUUCAGCUGAUGGCUAUUAUGGAGCAUGCAUACUAUGCCAGUUUUGGUUAUCAGGUCACAAGCUUCUUUGCUGCAUCCAGCCGUUAUGGAACCCCAGAUGAUCUGAAGGAGCUGAUCGAUGUUGCCCACUCUAUGGGCAUCAUUGUUCUGCUGGAUGUUGUGCACAGCCAUGCAUCAAAAAACUCUGAAGAUGGUCUCAAUAAAUUUGAUGGUACAGAUUCUUGUUUCUUCCAUUCUGGUCCAAGAGGAACUCAUCAGCUCUGGGACAGUAGACUUUUUGACUAUGCAAACUGGGAAGUUCUGAGAUUCCUUCUGUCUAAUUUGAGAAUGUGGAUAGAAGACUAUGGCUUUGAUGGCUUCCGAUUUGAUGGUGUUACAUCUAUGUUGUAUCAUAAUCAUGGGAUUGGCACAGGAUUCAGUGGAGAUUACAAUGAAUAUUUUGGCCUACAAGUGGAUGAAGAUGCUUUGUGUUACUUAAUGCUGGCCAACUACAUGAUUAAUUUAUUGCAUACGGAAUGCAUAACCAUAGCAGAGGAUGUUUCUGGAAUGCCAGCCCUCUGUCGGCCUGUUGCAGAGGGAGGAGGGGGAUUUGAUUAUCGUCUGGCCAUGGCAAUUCCAGAUAAGUGGAUUCAGAUAAUUAAGGAACUGAAGGAUGAAGAUUGGAAUAUGGGAAAUAUUGUCUACACAUUAACAAAUAGGCGGUCUGAAGAAAAGUAUAUUGCAUAUGCAGAGAGCCAUGACCAGGCACUUGUUGGUGAUAAGACAUUGGCAUUUCGAUUGAUGGACGCAGAGAUGUAUACAAACAUGAGUGUGUUCUCCCCUCUUACUCCAGUUAUUGAUCGUGGAAUGCAGCUUCAUAAAAUGAUUCGUCUCAUUACUCAUACACUUGGGGGAGACGGCUACCUGAACUUCAUGGGUAAUGAGUUCGGACAUCCAGAAUGGCUUGACUUUCCCAGAAAAGGGAAUAAUGAGAGCUACCACUAUGCCAGAAGACAAUUUAAUCUAACUGAAGAUCAUCUUCUUCGCUAUAGAUUCCUAAAUGCAUUUGACAAAGAUAUGAAUAAAUUGGAGGAAAGAUUUGGCUGGCUUGCAUCUCCCCCGGCCUUUGUGACUGAAAAGCAUGAAUCUAAUAAGGUCAUUGCAUUCGAGAGAGCCAACCUCGUUUUUAUUUUCAACUUUCAUCCAUAUCAAAGUUAUGUGGACUACAGAGUGGGCGUUGAAAUUCCAGGAAAGUAUAAAAUCCUUCUGGAUUCUGAUGCUCCGGAAUAUGGAGGACAUCAAAGACUGGACCACAGUACAGAAUAUUUCUCUGAAGAAUAUCCUCACAAUUACCGGCAAAAUUCACUUAUGCAAUCCAAUUCACAGAGCAGCUUCAGUCAACAACCCAGAAGAUGCCCCAAGCACCACAUAGAGGUGUACAUUCCCAGCAGAGUGGCCAUUGUGCUUCAGAAUAUGGAUAUCCUAAACUGAAGAUAUGGAUAUUCUUCACUGAAGAAACAAGUCAUAGAAGUACUGUACCAGUGCAAAAUAUAAUAAAACUUAGGCUCUAAAUAAGCUUUCUGAAACCAAAUAUAGCAUUAUAGAUGUUUAAAAUAUAGGAUUAAUAUUCAUAUAUAAUUGCAGAGCUCUAAAGUUACUAGAAUCUAUUUUGAGGAAACUUCAUGAUGGAUAUAGAAAGAAAAAUACCUUUGUAGCUCUGAGAUUGCAAAAUUUACCCUUAAGACAUUUCAGAGCAGCUGGCAUUCUCAAAUUGCUGUUUAAAGAGCAUUAUCAGGCAUGGUCCUGCUUUGUGAUAUUUUUAAUUUCUUGUAAGCUUCUAUCACUUUGAAUUCAAACAUUCAUUAUAUAGCAAUACUUCCUAUUAAAAGUAAGUAAGCUUGCCUAAGUAAAACAGAGCUUCUUGACUGAAAGGCAAACUUAAAGGUUUGUGGGACCUCGUUUUGGGCUCCUCUUCUUCAGUGAAGUCCAACAUGUAAUUAAAAAUGUUUAUCCAAAUGAUGGAUGAGAAGAUCCUUUGAGAUACUGUACUCUGCUUUUUUUUUUAUUUUAUUUAAUUAGAAAGUCACAAAAAUUAUAAACAGCCAAAUGGGCAGGUAUCAUUGCUUUGACCUGCUGAUGUUGUUGUUUACUGCUUAUUUGCUGCUGGUCAAAUCACUUAGUCUGUGCAUCUCACCUGUUACAAAUGAAAAAAUAAAGGCACUUUAUGCUUUUUCCAUAGGCCCUCUGAAAUGCUCAGUUAAGGGGAGUGUUUUGUUAUUACUACAGUGAUAACAGGCCAAGAGAUGUUUUUAAAGUUUACUUUUCCCUUUUCACUUAUUUCAGUAAUGUUGAGACCUUAUAAUACUGAUUUGAUAAUUUUCAGAAGCUGUCAUUCAGAUUGAAAUAUGAUGUUCUUGCACUUUUAUAACUUUUGAAACACUGCUUUUCAAAAAGAAGUAAGAUUUUUGUUUUGCUAAGUUUAAGGUAGUUUAAUUAUUAGAGUGCUGCUAAGAUUGUUCAAGUGAGUUCUUUAAAACUAGGACUUUUUUUAUAAAGAGUAAGAUUCUGUAUAUUUGAAAAUGUAUUACAGAAUAUUCUGUAGAGUUCAUACCAAAUGAAAGUGCUUUAUUUUGCUCUACAUACUUAAAGUAUAUUUGAUUUGGUUCUAAAAUGAAUUUGUCUUGUUUUGUACAAGUCUGUGUUUUCUAACUUUAAAAUAGCCAAAGAGGAAGAUGUCCGUGACCAUUUCCAAACCAUCUUUCACCCAUUUUCUUCUGUGGGCCGCUGUGUUGAUUACCAAAUAAUUGUGUCAACACUGAAUAUCUUUUCGCAGAUUGUGGAAUGAUUACUUAUACUUUCAUGCAGUUUACACCAAAAUAGAAAGUAUGAUGGGUGAUGGGAUAAUAAUAAAAUAAAGUAUGAUGGAGAGCAUUGAAAACAAUCUUCUGGGAGACUUAGCACUGAAAGGACUUUAUGAAUAUGCUCAAUCUGAUUUCUGAACUACAGUAGAGCAUUAUAACACUGUUUAGUAUCAUGGCCCAUUUUCCCCUAUAUCACUUUGAUUGUUGUUUGGUAGUCAGCCAAGAAAAGUGUUCCCAUAUGCUGAAAGUUUAAAAGAAAACACAUUGAACUAUUCUAA